GGGUUAUCCAUACAUUUACUUAUUGAGAUAUUUUAUCUCAUAGUUUUUCCUUGUCCACCAUUUCAGGUAGUAUGACCCGAGACACGGAAACCACGGGAAGUGACAAGUUAGAAGGCUAGCCAUUUCGAGAUUGAUAUAGAUUUUAGAAAUAAAUCAUUUUUUUUUUGUAAGAUAAAUUUUACCUUGAGAUUUUAAGUUUAAGUCAUGUUGGACAUAGAAUUAUUGAAAUAUCUGAUUUAAGUUAUUGGAUUGUCAUAUGUGAAUUGGAUAAGUUCCGAGCCUUGUGCAUUUGUGGGACCCUCUCACGAGUGCACGGCGUUUGUUACACCUCGGAUUUGGGUUCUGGGGCGUGACAAAUUUAGUGGUAUCAGAGCUUAGGUUUAAUUGAAAAAAAAGAAAAAAAAAAAACUUAGGAUUUGUUUAGAACUUGGCUAGCCAAUAGAUUUUAAAACCGUGGUGAGACGAGUGACGGGGUUAUACAAGGGACAAUUCUGAUUUAUGUGGCCUGAACUUUCUGAUCCAUUUGAUGAGAUGGUAAUUCAGUUAGUUCCUGUUAUCUGCCUUUGUAUGCUUGGUUUUGGUUGUGGGAGGAAAGCUUGGCUUCAGUUUCAAGCUGUUUACCCCUUCUUCAAUAUAUAAGUUAUCUGUGCUGGUAUUUAUGUUUAUUUGUUCAUGCAUGCUUCAUCUGUUAGUUCGUUGUAUUGUUGAUUAUGUUCACUACGAAUGGAUGCUGAUUUUGGCUAUCUGCUGACUCAUUUGUGGUAGUUCUCUAAGAAAUCAGUGGAUAUAUGUCCUUGUCAUUUUUAUUUCGUUGGCAACUUCUUGUACACUUCAUAAGUGUAUUUAUUUAAGUGGAUUAUAGACAUUCUACUGUUCUUAAUUGCAGGGGAAGUUGGUACCAUUAAUUUUAGUAAAGUAGGGACUUAUUGUCACUUUCUUGUUUGUAUAUUCUCCUGAUAUUGGAAUGCUUCCCCUUCUGGUAGAUUAUCAUAUUAUGGUCAUUUUCUGUGCACGGUCCCAUAUUCUGUUGUUUCCAGUAUUUUGUAAUACUAAAAUUCUUAUGGGAUUUGAGUCUGUAUAUUAUACGUGUCUAUGUCAUGCCAAUGUCAGGCUGUGGUUGAUACCACUUAGUUUCAGUACAUAUCUAGAUGCUCUUGCAGGAAAGGAGAUGGUUUUUCCACACAUGGGUAAAAUUCUUCCUGCUAAAUAGCCUAUCAAAUAUUUUGCCUAGACUUGCUUCUAGAUGCCCAUACCUGAAGUAGCUGUUCACUGGAUAUUUUGCAUCUAUAGAACUUUUGUAUGCUCUUUGUUGCCAGCUUUUGACCCAGAAUGUUGUUGUUGCUUGCUACUGUAUUGGGGGCUUUAUUUCUUAUAAUUUUACAAGUCUUGUUCUGUGAUGGCCACUCUAAGUUUGUUAAGGCAGUUGCUUGUGUGAUUAAUAUAAAAAGGGAUAUAUGGCUAAAUGGACCGGGACUUAGAUUUAAAUUGGAGGAUAAAUGAAUAAACAUGUUUUUGGGAUCCAUGGUUGUUUGGUUUUGGUUUUGGGGAUGUAGUUUGGAGCAGUCCGUGGUUGCAAUUUUCCAUUGUGAUGAGGUUUGAAUAUAUUUACACAUAGGGA